GUUAGAAUCCGAUGGUGAAUUGUCUGACGUUUCUCAGGCACGAGACCAGGGCUGACAAACACUAUUUCCCUCAGACAUGUAUCUGCGCCGGUGCUGGGUUCUGCUAACCACCGCCAUCGGUCUAGUGUCGGCUCAAACACGGCUGAACCUCAACAAUUACCUGCAGCCAGACAGCGUGACCCGGCAGCAGUACCUAACACCAUCCAGGAGCAGCAACCUGUGUGCCAGGCAGUGUGUAGCUGGCGAGGCCCCCAAGAUAUGUUACUACAAGUGGAUUGCUGAAAACUACGUCACGCUUGGGCCAGCUUGCGGAAACUGCCCUACUAAUGCCACGGCUUGCGACGAAUGGGGAUGUGUGGUUGCAAACGGCUAUGAAAAGUCCAUCCUCACGAUCAACAGAAUGGUUCCUGGACCCAGCAUACAGGUAUGUCUGGGCGAUCGUAUCAUCAUUGACCUUCAGAACAACAUCGCUGGAGGCCAACUGUCCAUCCACUGGCACGGGGUGUUUCAAAAAGGAACGCAAUAUAUGGACGGCGUACCCAUGGUGACACAAUGUUCCAUUCACGAGGGAGAUGCGUUCCGAUAUGAUUUCUACGCUGCCAAUGAAGGAACUCACUACUGGCACUCACAUGACGGCUUACAGAAGCUGGAUGGUAUCCAGGGUACCCUCGUAGUUCGCACACCGAAGUCAACAGACGCCAAUGGAAAUAGGUAUGACGUCGAUGUCCCCGAGCAUACCCUCAUGAUUCUAGACUGGAUGAACACCACGGCUGAAGAGAGGUUUCCGGGGCUAACCCGUCGGGAACCCGGACAGCUGCCCAGUACAUUUCUUCUCAACGGCAGAGGACGCCCUAAGCUCGAAGCAGGCCAGGAGCGCGGUCCGCUUGUCCCGUACAAUGAGGUGUGGAUGGAGCGAGGCAAAAGGUUCCGUCUCCGUUUCGUGGCCGCUUUGUGCACAGUUUGUGGUGUGCAGAUCUCCAUAGAGGCGCACGACAUGACGCUCAUUGCCACGGAUGGGACGCCCGUCAAUCCAGUCAAUAUCAAAUCAGUUCAAUUGUUCUCAGGUGAGAGAUACGACGUAGUGGUGAAUGCAAACCAGAGCCCGGGAACGUACUGGAUUCACAUGAGAGGACUGGGGGAGUGCGCUUUUCCGGAAGAACAAGUGUACCAGCUGGCUGUCCUCCGUUACACUGGCACCAACCAAGCACGCAACGAUCCGCCGGGCUACGACGGCUUUGGUAUAGAUGGGACGGUUCUGAAUCCUCAGAACGCCUCGUGUGACGUUGGACAAGGCGGUGUCUGCGUUUCUCAGCUGGUGGGCUCAAUCCCGGACGAUAAGAACGUCCUAAGCAGGAAACCCGACGUAAACAUAGUGUUCAGGUUUGGCUUCCAUAUUUUCGAAAAUAUGCGGGAAACUUUCAACACAGGAAGAUACGAACGUUUCUUUGUGGCCCCCGACAGGGCCGUGCUCACUAGCUGGAUGAACAAUAUCUCCUUCGCAACACCCCCGUCGCCCCUCCUCAGCCAAGGACCCGACGUCCCGAGCGAAAUGUUCUGUCCCACUGGAAGAAGCGGAUUCCCUCAAUGCCCGGCCAGCACUGCCAACGAAGAGUACUGCGAAUGUAUCUAUGUUGUGAAGGUGCCACUCGGAGCCGUUGUUCAGAUGGUCGUAGGAGACCUGUCACCAGUGGCCGACCUUCACCACCCUUUCCAUCUUCAUGGAUAUGACUUCUUUGUCAUGGCCAUGGACCAGUUCAGAAACGGAGAAACCUUGGAGAGCAUCAGUAAGAAACUUCUAGAUACGAACUUCAGGAGGUCGUCACUGCCAGCCCGCAAGGACACCAUAACUGUCCCCUCUAACGGAUAUGCUGCCUUUAGGUUCAGGGCAGAUAAUCCAGGUUUGUGGUUCUUCCACUGCCACUUCCUGUACCACGUGGCGACUGGUAUGGCUGUGGUCAUUCAGGUGGGAAACGACGGUGACUGGCCACCAGUGCCGCGGAAGUUCCCGAAAUGUGGCAAUUAUCUACCCACCCCUUAUCUGGACGACUACACAGACUGGAACUCUCGUGGUUAAAACAACGCCACCAGUGGACAACAUGGACGCGGACAUCUAAUGUAUAUCUACAGCUCACGAAAAUGUAAAACACUGCCAAUAUGAAAUCCCACACAGGUGAAAUGUAAAGUCAGAAAUCUCUGUACAUCCGAUGGCAAAUAAACAUCAUACCUUCAGCAUAGA